CACACACACCAAACUUUAAUUUGUAUAUAAGCCUUCUUUUGGUUCUUUCAUAUGCAUAUAGUGGAAAUCAUGCAUGCUUGCUAACAAAGCCAACACCACCCAGUAUAUAACAAAUCCACCUGCUCUUCAUUUCUUUCAUUCUCAUAACCACCAAAUUCCUCUCUCAUCACACUCUUCAGUAUUAAUAUUCAUGAAGCCAUGAUGAGAGACCGGAGAAUGGAUCGGUUCGUCGUCCUCCCCUUUUCCGUCGGUUGCGUUUCUCAAUCGAGCGUCUCCGUCCUCCACACCCAGCCGAAGAAUACUCAACUAGGUCCAAUCCCCCCACUACAAUCAACAGAGGAGAGCCCACACAACAGCGGCGGCGGCGAUCAGAAGCCGAGAAGCGCGGUCAGGCUUCUGGCGCUUCCGAAGCCGAGCAUCUCUGCGGGGCUGCAGAAGCUGAUCAGGGGCUUCAAGAUGGGCUUGUCCCAGCUGUUUGUGGUCUAUGAAGAAGAUGGUGAUGGUGGUGGUGGUGGUGAUGAGGAGGAGGAAGAGAGGGAGAUGGUGAUAGGGUUUCCAACAGAUGUGCAGCAUGUGGCUCACAUAGGGUUGGAUGGUGUGAGCAGCAUGAAGAGCAGCAGCAGCAGCAGCAGCAGCAGCAGGUCCCCUAAUGAGUUUCUCUUUCUACCUCCUCCUCAUAACUCUCUCUCUCUACCUUCCCCCCACCCCAUGGUCCCCUAGGGUUUGUUGGCCACAGUGAGGUGUAACUGCUUCUUCCUUCUUCUUCUUCUUCUUCUUCUUCUUCUUCUUGUGGUUUUCCUUGUUGGUUAUUAAUUGCUUUGGUAUAUAGCUUAUAACUAUCUCUUGGUGCAUGCAUGUUGAUGACUAAUGAGACAGCAGGGUGCAUGCCCUUGCAUGUGAACUUGUAGUAUAGCUUGUUUUGAUAUGGGGAGCUCUUUUUAAGAUUGUUUC